AUGGCGCGGUUUCCAGUAGCCCGGCUGCUCCUGGCAUUGCUAGCAACGGCUUUCACCAACGCGCAACUUUCCGAUCAGUCGCAGUACAGCAUCCCUUGCGUGAUGCAAUACGUCGGCUGUGUCCUCAUCCCAAACUUCAACACGGUCUUCAGCCGUCUACUGGGCGACGCUGCUCUGACUCCUGGCAAGUGCCAGCGGUUCUGCAGCGAUCUUGGUUCGACGUACGGAAGCCUAUACGACGGUUACUACUGCAGAUGUUCAAUUGUGCCCGAGACGGUAUCGCCUGUCAUCAUUUCAGUAGCCGAAUCUCUAUGCAACAGAUACCACUGCCACGACAUUGUCUUCAUCCUCGACGGUGACCUCUCAGACAACCACGGACACGCCUUUGACAUCGUCAUCACCGACGUUAACCUCCUCCGUCUCCUCGUCAUCUUCGUCCUCCUCGACGGACUCAACAACGUCGACCUCAACAACCUCAACGACCUCGACAACCUCAACAACCUCAACGACAAGAAGCAUCCCAACGUUCCCAGUCAACACCCUAGUUCCCGCCCCCCUCGCACCAGCACGCAUGCUUUCGAGUACAUCAAGCCUACCAGCCAGCCCAGUAAUCUCAAGCACUUCUCCAUCAUCGUCGGCGUCAUCUUCAACAUCGUCCCAGGGAUCAUCAAGCAGCGUCAGUUCGCUCUACUACUCAAAUACAACCUCUCUAGCGACAACUUCAAGCCAGUCAGCGACCUUGAGCACUUCAGCCUCGACUACACCAGCGUCAAGCGUUCCCAGCAGCGGAUCCCCCCUUACGACUCUACCGCUUUCUUCAACGUCUCCUACUUCAGUCUCUGCUUCAAUCCCUUCUGA